AUGUGGGAGCUGGGGCCAGCCCCAACGGGGCACACAACAUUGCUUUAUUGGCUGGAAAUGUUUUGCUCGUGCUGGGUGGUGGCAGGUGUGAACGCGGCUUUUGCAGCUUCGCUUGGCCAACGGCUGUCCUUCUCCCGCAGGCCCACGCCCGAGGAAGCUCUCAAGUGGGGGGACUCUCUGGAGAAGCUGCUGCUGCACAAAUAUGGACUCGCUGCCUUCAGGGCCUUCCUGCGCACUGAGUUCAGUGAGGAGAACCUGGAGUUCUGGCUGGCUUGCGAGGAGUUCAAGAAGAUCAAAUCCCAGUCCAAGAUGGUCUCCAAGGCCAAGAAGAUCUUCGCCGAGUACAUUGCCAUCCAGUCCUGCAAGGAGGUCAAUCUGGACUCCUACACGCGGGAGCACACCAAGGAGAACCUACAGAACAUCACCCGCAGCUGCUUCGACCUCGCGCAGAAGAGGAUUUAUGGACUCAUGGAGAAGGACUCCUACCCCCGCUUCCUCCGCUCUGACUUGUACUUGGACAUAAUUAACCAGAAGAAAGCCAGCUCGCCACUGUAG